AUGCGCUCAUUGGGACUCCUGGCUUGUGCGCUGCACGCAUCUCUACUGGUGCUGCUGGCCCAGGGGGUCCAAAAAAACAGAGAUGGAGUUUACGCGAGGCCGCUGCAGCGUUUUUCCGUGAUGGACCGAUCGACCGGGUACCACCUGCCAACCUACAUGAUGCACCUCUACAGGAAUUUCAAGUCGAACUUCUCCAGGCCCGUGGAUACUAUGGAGCAAGAUGCAGCAAAGCAAGCGGACACCGUGAAGAGUGUGGUGGCAAAAAGUUUGAUGUACAGACAGAGGCGCUGGAUUGCGACCUUUGACCUCUACGCCCUGCUGGCUGACAAACAGAUCCAGGCGGCAGAGCUGAGAAUCAGGCUUCCUCGGGUACAGAGCGCGUCCAACAUCACCGUGGAGGUCUAUCACCAGCACGGCCAGGCGUGCCAUAUGCACAACGGCUGCCAGGAACAGCAGCUGGUGGGGCUGCUCACUGAAUCAUCCCUGGUCCCUUCAUCCCAGAGCUGGAAAGUGUUCAACAUGACACGUCCUCUCUUGAGCUGGCUCAGACAAAAACUGACAGCGAGAAUUCGACACAAAAGAAUGUCAAGAAGAAGGAAAGCGGUAAAGACAAAGAGAGGCCUGUCGCUUCCCGAUCAGCCGGUCUACACGGCGAAAAGAGAGCAGGACGUGAGCGACCGGGCCUUGCUGGUCGUCUUCUCACACACUGGCUCUGAUGAAAACUCUAAGGCCAAAGCGAGCUUACUCCACACAGCUGAACAAUCCAAGUUCCUGACCCCUGCUGAAAUCAAAAAGGCCCGCUGGCCGAAGAGACGCAGGAGCAAACGGGGCCAGAGAGAACAAACAGUGAGAAGCCCGCAGGCGUCCAAAAGCGGGAGUGAAAAAUCUCUCUGUCGCAGAGUUGACCUGCAUGUAGACUUUAAUCAAAUUGGCUGGGGGUCCUGGAUCAUCUUUCCUAAAAGAUAUAACGCCUACCGCUGUGAGGGCUCCUGCCCUGGACCCCUGGGAGAAGACCUAAAUCCAACAAAUCAUGCUUACAUGCAGAGUUUACUGAAACAUUACCACCCUGACAGAGUGGCAUCACCCUGCUGCGCCCCAACCAAAAUGAGCCCAUUAAGCAUGCUGUACUACGAGAACGGAGAAAUGCUCCUCCGACAUCACGAGGACAUGAUUGUGGAUGAAUGCGGCUGCCAGUGA